AUGGCCAAUGAAAAGCCCAAGGAAGGAGUCAAGACUGAGAACAACGAUCAUAUUAAUUUGAAGGUGGCGGGGCAGGAUGGUUCUGUGGUACAGUUUAAGAUUAAGAGGCAUACACCACUUAGUAAACUAAUGAAAGCCUAUUGUGAACGACAGGACACACCUGCACAGUUGGAAAUGGAGGAAGAUACAAUUGAUGUGUUCCAGCAGCAGACAGGAGGUGUCUACUAA